AGGACAGAGAUGUGGUCAAGGAUUCUUCUGAGUGUUGUCACCUUGAGCUGGAUUGUCGCAGUGUCUUCUGAACUUCAAUACGUGCUGCUGGUGCCAACCGUGGUGCGGAGCAACUCUCCACAGACUGCUUGUGUACAGUUUCAGAGUCUCAGUGAGCCUCUGUCUUUGAGUGUUGCUCUGGAAUACAGCAAUAUACAGACAACUCUCUUUGAGGAUUUUGUGACAAAAAAUGAUUAUUUCACGUGCUGUGACUUCAAGGUUCCUCCUGCUACUUCUGAUCCCCUGGCAUUCAUAUCCUUCUCUGCCGAAGGCAACACAGUCAACAUAACUGAGAGAAGAUCAGUGGCGAUUGAGAAUGUGCAUAACACUCUCUUCAUCCAGACAGACAAGCCCAUCUACAAACCAGGGCAAAAAGGUUGCUGGGGAGCUGGAGUCAGCUAGUGAACUAGGAAACUGAGUGCAAGAGUGGGUCAAGAAUAACAAACACUUCUCUUGUGGAGGAAAAUUCUGCAGACUGCAAUAGCAGUGUUUAGCAUAUUGUGCAUAAUUGUCAUUAGAUAGUGUAUGUUGUCUGACAAUGACCUUAUCAAAAGUCUAUGAAAAAUAGAAUCAAUUCAUCAAACUGCCAGAAAUGAGUAGAGUUCAUUUGUCUUUUCUAGGUUAAUUUUGUUUACAGAAUCUUGAGUUCUGUUGGGUUUACUGAGGUCAGUCAUGUAAAGAAUAUCCUUAAAAAUACAGAAAAUAGGUUAAGCUUGGAAUUAAUAAAAAUAGAUACAGCAUAUAGUUUCCUGUCAACAGCUCUCUACACUUCACUGCUAAUCUAAUUCAUAAAGCUGAUUUUACUACGAUAUUUAAAUAAUAACUAUCUGUGGUUUGGUUAGUUAUAUCUUUAGUAUAAUCAUGUUUCAGUGCUUCACAAGG